AUUUUCUCCCAACACUCCUUGAAAACUUCUAAACUCUCUCUCUCUCUCUCUCUCUCUCUCUCUCUCUCUCUCUCUCUCUCUACAAAGGUCAAGGUGGAUCACCGGCGACAUGGUAAGAGGGCCCUUCCGGCGGAUGAUGACCCACCACAAGAAUACCAACAAGAUCAUGAAGAAGAAGAAGAAGAAGAAAUAUACCCACUUUACUCCCCUCGAUCUCAACAAGAUAUGUCCGCCAUCGUCUCUGCUCUUUCUCAGGUCAUCGGAACCACCACCAUCGCCGGUGGUGGCAGUGAUAUCCCCUUCUCCACUUCUGCUACCCCUAACCAACCUCCUCACACUCAAGAGCAGCUGGUGAACCCAAGGAGAAGACACUAUAGAGGAGUGAGGCAGAGACCAUGGGGAAAAUGGGCUGCAGAAAUUCGCGAUCCACAAAAGGCAGCACGGGUGUGGCUUGGGACAUUCGAGACAGCCGAAGCAGCAGCACUUGCAUAUGAUGAAGCGGCCCUCCGGUUUAAAGGAAGUAAAGCAAAGCUCAAUUUCCCUGAAAGAGUUCAAGGAAGGCACGAUUUAAGUCAUUUCAUCACUCGUCCACAAUUGCAAAUCCCACAUCGUUCUGUACCAAAUUCUAAUCUUCGACCUCCAUCUCAAAGCUCAUACCCUAAUAUUCUAGAUUACACGCAGUUUCUUUGUGGUGCUAAUGAUCAUGGGAUGUCUACAUCGGAUACACACGUUGUGAAUUGCCCUACUUCAUCUUCCAUGGAUAUGGGUAGUUCAUCAAGUGUUGGCCCUUCACAAUAUUGGCAAGAUUUUGAUCCAACAAAUCAAUGAUGAUCGAAUCCAUAGUUGAAUAUAUGAUCAUAUUGAGAUUCAAUGGUGGAGGAGGAUAUGAUUAGACCUAAAGAAGAUGAGAAUUUUGCAAGUUUCCCUUUGACUUGGUGUUUUUUUGCUAUUUCAAGUGAGCUUAUAUAAUGUAUGGAGCUUUUAUCACUA